AUGGCUGAUAUUGAUAUUUCACUUUACAACACAGUGACGGAAGGAAAGGCCACUAUCCUUUUCCCAAAAAGCAAUGAAGUGUUUUAUAACCCUGUACAAGAAUUCAAUCGUGAUAUGUCUAUUGCUGCCAUCCGUACUUGGUCUGAAAUCUUUAUGCAAGAAAAACGUGCUCGGAUAGAAAAGAAACUCGCCAAUGCCAAAACUGAACAAGAUAGAAUCAAACUUGCUGAAAAACUCGAUGUUCAAAUCAACCCUCAUAACUUUACUAUUCUAGAAGCUUUAGCAGCCACUGGACUACGUUCUAUUCGAUACGCCAAAGAAAUUCCCAACCUGAAACAAGUGGUGGCUAACGAUUUAUUAGAUGAUGCUGUGGAAUCCAUUCGACGCAAUACUAUUUAUAACAACUUGAGUGAAGAUCUUGUUCGUGCCAACAAAGGUGAUGCUAUGCGAGUGAUGUACGAUACAGUGGGAACCCAAAAUAAAUAUGAUGUGGUGGAUUUAGAUCCUUAUGGUUCUGCUGCACCUUUUGUAGAUGGUGCUGUACAAGCAGUAUCUGAAGGUGGAUUACUCUGCGUGACAUGUACUGAUCUAGCUAUUCUUACUGGUUCCAUGCAUCCUGAAACUUGCUUUGGUAAAUAUAAUGGUAUGCCUUUGAAAGGAACCUUCCCUCAUGAAAUGGCUCUUCGAUUGGUCUUACAAAUGUUACAAACUUCUGCUGGUCGCUAUCGUCGGUAUAUUGUGCCCAUGAUGUCAUGUAGUAUUGAUUUCUAUCUUCGUGUUUUUGUACGGGUAUAUACCUCUCCUAAUGAAGUAAAAAAAGCUGCAAGCAAAAUCGGUAUCAUUUAUGAAUGUAGUGGAUGUCAUGCAUUUGCAACUCAACCUCUUGGAAAAUACGAUGUCAAGGAUAAUGGUAGUGAACGACAUACCCCUGGAUCUGGUCCUCCUGUGAAUGAAUUUUGUGAUCACUGUGGAAGUGUACAUCAUGUUGGUGGACCAGCAUGGAUUGCAGGAUUACAUGACAAAACAUUUGUAGGUAAAAUGUUACAACAUGUCAAGGAUAAUGAACAAAAUUAUGGUACACAUGUGCGUAUGAAGGGAAUGAUGUCUGUGAUUCAAGAAGAAGUAGAUGAACCUUGUUAUUGGACUCUUCAAAGAUUAUGUGGUACUCUUCAUUGUAAUUCUAUUCCUCUUCUGGAUCUUUAUUCUGCCAUUUUGAAUGCUGGUUAUAAAGCUUCUGCUUCUCAUUGUGGUCCUCAAACAUUGAAAACCAAUGCUCCUUCAUCUGUUGUUUGGGAUGUACUACGUGCAUUUGUCAAGAAACAUCCUGUAGUAAUGGCCAAUAUUGCUGAAAACUCUCCUGCUCGAAAAAUCUUGGCAAAAGAACCAUCAAUCAACGUUGAUUUUACAAGACAUCCCGAUGCAGUUGCAGAAUCUAGGAAUGGUGUACGCUAUCAACUCAAUCCUACAGCAAAUUGGGGACCAAAGGCUCGUGCUGGCAAGAAACGAAAGACUGAUGAAAAGGACACUGAAGAAUAA